GGAGCCGUCGCAGACCGCGACACCGCCCGCCUGUUUGUCGCCGGACGGACAUGCGAUUUUCAGACCACGGUGUUGUUUGAGUGACUACUUGUUACCAUGACGACCCAUGUGACCCUGGAAGAUGCUCUGUCCAACGUGGACCUGCUGGAGGAGCUGCCCCUGCCCGACCAGCAGCCAUGCAUCGAACCCCCUCCCUCCUCGAUCAUGUACCAGGCUAAUUUUGACACCAACUUUGAAGACAGGAAUGCUUUUGUGACCGGCAUCGCCCGGUACAUAGAGCAAGCCACGGUCCACUCCAGCAUGAAUGAGAUGCUGGAGGAAGGACACGAGUAUGCUGUGAUGCUCUACACGUGGAGGAGCUGCUCCAGAGCUAUUCCUCAGGUGAAAUGCAAUGAGCAGCCCAACAGAGUGGAGAUCUACGAGAAGACUGUGGAGGUGUUGGAGCCCGAGGUGACCAAGCUCAUGAAGUUCAUGUACUUCCAGCGGAAAGCGAUCGAGCGCUUCUGCAGCGAAGUGAAGCGUCUGUGCCACGCAGAGAGGAGGAAAGACUUCGUGUCGGAGGCCUAUCUGCUCACUUUGGGCAAGUUCAUCAACAUGUUUGCAGUGCUGGAUGAGCUGAAGAACAUGAAGUGUAGCGUGAAGAACGAUCACUCUGCUUAUAAACGGGCCGCUCAGUUCUUGAGGAAGAUGGCCGACCCUCAGUCCAUCCAGGAGUCCCAGAACCUCUCCAUGUUCUUAGCCAACCACAACAGGAUCACUCAGUGCCUGCACCAACAGCUGGAGGUGAUUCCAGGUUAUGAGGAGCUCUUGGCAGACAUCGUCAACAUCUGCGUAGACUAUUAUGAAAACAAAAUGUAUUUGACACCCAGUGAAAAACACAUGCUGCUUAAGGUCAUGGGCUUUGGUUUGUACCUGAUGGACGGGAAUGUAAGUAAUAUCUACAAACUAGAUGCCAAGAAGAGAAUCAACCUGAGCAAGAUUGACAAGUUCUUCAAACUUCAAGUUGUGCCUCUGUUUGGAGACAUGCAGAUAGAGUUGUCACGUUACAUUGAAACAAGUGCUCACUAUGAAGAAAACAAGUCCAGGUGGACGUGCACCCAGGGCAGCAUCUCACCACAGUACAACCUGUGUGAGCAGAUGAUGCAGAUCAGGGAGGACCACAUCCGUUUCAUCUCUGAGCUGGCGCGCUACAGCAACAGCGAAGUGGUGACGGGCUCGGGCCUGGACAGCCAGAAGUCUGACGAGGAGUACAGGGAGCUCUUUGACCUGGCUCUGAGGGGUCUGCAGCUGCUGUCCAAGUGGAGCACACACGUCAUGGAAGUUUACUCUUGGAAGCUGGUGCAUCCCACGGAUAAAUUCUGCAACAAGGACUGUCCAGGUACGGCAGAGGAGUAUGAACGCGCCACACGGUACAACUACACCAGCGAGGAGAAAUUUGCCCUGGUGGAGGUCAUCGCCAUGAUUAAAGGCCUGCAGGUUCUGAUGGGCCGAAUGGAGUCUGUGUUUAAUCAGGCCAUAAGGAACACGAUCUAUGCAGCUCUGCAGGACUUUGCCCAGUUGACCCUCAGAGAGCCUCUGCGCCAGGCUGUACGCAAGAAGAAGAAUGUCCUCAUUAGUGUUCUCCAGGCCAUUCGAAAGACUGUCUGUGACUGGGAGGGAGGGAGAGAGCCUCCAAAUGACCCCAGUCUGAGGGGUGAAAAAGACCCAAAGGGUGGGUUUGACAUUAAGGUGCCUCGUCGAGCUGUGGGACCCUCCAGCACACAGCUGUACAUGGUGCGCACCAUGCUGGAGUCACUGAUCGCAGAUAAAAGUGGGUCUAAGAAAACUCUCCGCAGUAGUCUUGAUGGACCCAUAGUGGUGGCCAUAGAAGACUUCCACAAGCACUCCUUCUUCUUCACACACUUGCUCAACUUCAGUGAGGCCCUGCAGCAGUGCUGUGACCUAUCCCAGUUGUGGUUCAGGGAGUUCUUCCUGGAGCUAACCAUGGGCCGCAGGAUUCAGUUCCCCAUCGAGAUGUCCAUGCCCUGGAUCCUCACCGAUCACAUCCUGGAAACCAAGGAGCCUUCAAUGAUGGAAUAUGUGCUGUAUCCACUAGACUUGUAUAAUGACAGUGGCUAUUACGCUCUCACCAAGUUCAAGAAGCAGUUCCUGUAUGAUGAAAUUGAAGCUGAGGUAAACCUCUGCUUUGAUCAGUUUGUGUACAAGUUGGCUGAUCAGAUCUUUGCCUACUACAAAGCAAUGGCUGGAAGUGUCCUCUUAGACAAACGCUUUAGGGCUGAGUGUAAAAACUACGGCGUCAUCAUCCCCUAUCCUCCAUCAAACCGCUACGAGACGCUGCUCAAACAAAGACAUGUACAGCUGUUGGGUCGAUCAAUUGACCUAAACCGACUGAUCACCCAGAGGAUCUCUGCAGCGAUGUACAAGUCUCUGGACCACGCCAUUAGCCGCUUUGAGAGUGAGGACCUCACCUCUAUAGUGGAGUUGGAGUGGCUGUUAGAGAUCAACAGACUAACCCACCGGCUGCUGUCCAAGCACAUGACUCUGGACAGCUUUGACGCCAUGUUCCGGGAGGCCAACCACAACGUCUCUGCUCCGUAUGGCCGAAUCACGCUGCACGUCUUCUGGGAGCUCAACUUCGACUUUCUCCCAAACUACUGCUACAACGGAUCCACAAACCGCUUUGUACGCACAGCUAUCCCCUUCACCCAGGAGCCUCAAAGAGAUAAGCCAGCCAAUGUGCAGCCUUACUACCUGUAUGGGUCCAAGCCUCUGAACAUCGCCUACUCCCACAUAUACAGCUCCUACCGAAACUUUGUCGGCCCGCCUCACUUCAAGACCAUCUGCCACCUCCUUGGUUACCAAGGCAUCGCUGUAGUUAUGGAGGAGUUACUCAAGAUUGUCAAGAGUCUGUUACAGGGAACCAUACUGCAGUACGUAAAAACUCUGAUAGAAGUCAUGCCCAAGAUCUGCCGUUUACCACGCCAUGAGUAUGGCUCCCCAGGAAUCCUGGAGUUCUUCCAUCACCAGCUCAAGGAUAUCAUUGAAUAUGCUGAGCUGAAGACUGAUGUCUUCCAGAGUUUAAGGGAGGUGGGAAACGCCAUCCUCUUCUGUCUGCUCAUUGAGCAAGCUUUGUCUCAGGAGGAGGUGUGCGACCUGCUUCAUGCUGCCCCCUUCCAGAACAUUCUGCCCAGAGUCUACAUCAAAGAGGGAGAGCGUCUGGAGGUGAGGAUGAAGAGGCUGGAAGCAAAGUACGCCCCUCUACACCUUGUGCCUCUAAUCGAGAGGUUGGGAACCCCCCAACAAAUAGCCAUUGCCCGGGAGGGGGACCUGCUGACCAAAGAGCGUCUGUGCUGCGGCCUCUCCAUGUUCGAGGUUAUUCUAACGCGCAUCCGCAGCUUUCUGCAGGACGGGGUGUGGCGUGGACCUCCGCCCACCAAUGGGGUGAUGCACGUGGACGAGUGUAUGGAGUUCCACCGCCUGUGGAGCGCCAUGCAGUUUGUGUACUGCAUCCCUGUAGGAACACAUGAGUUCACUGCAGAGCAGUGUUUUGGAGAUGGGCUGAACUGGGCAGGCUGUGCCAUCAUCGUGCUACUUGGACAGCAGCGUCGCUUUGACCUCUUUGACUUCUGCUACCACUUGCUCAAAGUGCAAAGGCAGGACGGCAAAGACGAGAUAAUAAAAAAUGUGCCCUUGAAGAAGAUGGCAGACCGUAUCAGGAAGUACCAGAUCCUCAACAAUGAGGUAUUUGCCAUCCUUAAUAAGUACAUGAAGGCAGUGGAGACGGACAGUUCCACCGUGGAGCAUGUUCGCUGUUUCCAGCCUCCUAUACACCAAUCUUUGGCGACCACCUGCUGAAACAAAGCCUUGACAAACAGUGAACACACACAUAC